CUCUGUCUCUCCUUGACCACCAUCUGCAGUUAUACAUUCACAUGGGUCCUAAGCCAUUGGGCUCGGUUACAUUUUCUGGCGUUGUCGGCAGGAUCUGCAGUGGUGGUCAAACUGAGUUUUGAGGUUUUUUUGUUUGUUUUUUUUUUCUCCUUUCUUUUUUAGUGGUAGGUUAGUUUUAUGGUGUGUGUGUGUGUGUGUAUAUGUAUAUAGAUAUAUUUUUUUAGGCCCAAAUAGAACAGCAGUGUGCCCCUUGAGAGACCUGCUGGAGUUCGUAUCGCUGGUCGCCUUCGCUCCAUGCUCCUCAUCUGUUCUGCGCCUUGGUGUUCUGCACUCCAGUCAUGGCAAACGAAAUACAAGACCUUAGAGACUUGGUUGAUCAACUCCGUGCUGAGAAUGAGGGGCUGCAAGGCAGAGCUGCAGCCAGCACUUCCAAUGCAGACGCUGGUGCAGCUGGCCCUGUGAAUAUUAACCCGAAGGAUCCUUCACCUGUCGAAAGGUUGCUCUAUAUCCCUGGGAAGAGGAAAUGCCCUCCCUUUAGAGGGACCUCUGGGAUCCCUGUUGAGGAUUGGGUAGAGGAGAUGAGAGCAACGCUAAGGACCAGACAAUUGAAUUCAGUGGACCAAGCUUAUUUUAUUUAUGAUCAUUUAGAGGGAGAGGCAAAAGAUGAGAUAAGAUACAGACCCAGAGCAGAGAGGGAAGACCCGGAGAAAAUUCUGUGUAUUUUGCAAGAUAUGUAUGGGUGCUCUAGGUCAUACGUUUCUCUGCAACAGUCAUUUUUUUCUAGGAGACAGCAGGAGGGAGAAUCAUUGCAUGAGUUUUCACAUGCACUAUGGUGUUUGAUGGAAAAGGUAGAACGUUGUGCCCCGAGGCAAAUGCCAGAUGCCCCCAUUCUUCUACGUGACCAAUUUGUUGAGCAUGUCAUGGAUCCUUCCCUUCGCAGGGAGUUAAAGAGGUUUGUGAGGCAGUCUCCAGGUUGCACUUUGUUCGAGGUUAGAGCAGAAGCCAUUCGUUGGGAGCGGGAAGGCAGACCAGAGGAGCCACGUGUUAGAAGUCACUCAGUUCCUUCGUUUAGUGCUGUGCAUUACACGUCCGAUAGAACACCUAGCAAAAUGCCCAACCGGGAGAUUACAGAGCUACGGCAGCUACUAGAGAAACAGCAGGAGCAGCUUAACAAACUGACUCAGGGGUUACUAGCAUUACAAGGGGCUCCUCGGCCACCAUCUAGGCCUACACGCCCAGGCUUGGUUAUAUGUCGCCGCUGUCAAAAACCAGGUCAUUAUGCCCGGGACUGCGAUAAUGAACGUGUCAUUCCCCAGUCUAGGGUCCCACCAUUAACAGCUGCAGUGUCGGGGAUGCAAGAGGCGGGAAACUUCGCCCCCCCAGAUGUGAGGAGCCGAGCAUUAGGUGGGGAGGAUACCGGCUUACAGGCCGACAUACUGCAAGCAGCCAACAGCCUUGUGGCGCCAUGUCCGAAGCAGGCACCCACCUCAUGGCAGCACCCCUUACAGCUCUGCCAUCAGGCUGAGUCUCAUGCCUCACCACCCAGAAGGGGCAUGGCUCGAGUGAGAGCCUGCAGGUGCUGCCCUGAUUGAGCCCUUAGAAGAUGGCCGGUCUCUUCCCGAGGGCCUUUUGAUUUCCCC